AUGAACUACAUAUCAGGGAGUGUGACUGUAAGGGGCGAGGUGGAGGACGCAGGGUAUUCUCAAGGGACCGUGCUGCUGGACUCGGCUGUGGAUACAAUCAUCCGUAACGCUGUUACCAGCAACCAGCUGCCGUUUGACAGGGACGGGGUGUACUUUGUGCUUUCAGACGAGACUGUCGACCAGGUGUCAGAUGGGCUUGCCUUCUGCUCGGACUACUGCGGCUGGCACUGGUACACCAAAGUGCCGGGGCAGGGCCUGCUAGUGUCCUCCUGGGUUGGCAACGCCGGCUCCAAGUGUCGCUCCAGCUGCAUUUCAUCUCAGCUGUUCAGCGGCCCCGGCCACUCUCCCAACGGCGACGUGGGCAUGGACGGGCUGCUGUCGGUGUUCGCACACGAGCUCGCAGAGGCCACUUCUGAUCCGUUCAUGUCUGCUUGGUUCGACAGUGAUGGAGAGGAGAACGCCGACAAGUGUUCCUGGGAGUUUGGGGACAUGCUGUUUGACUCGAUAGAUGGCCCCUUCUACAACCUUGUGGGCCUCAACAACCAGAAGUUUCUCAUCCAGCAAAACUGGAACCUUGUCAAAGGAACAUGCGCCACUACAGUAUCAUAUGCAAACCUAGCUUCAUCCACCACUCCACCUCCCCAGCAAGGUAGCGGAGGGGGCAUUGGCAGGCUAAUAGGAAGAAUAAUUGGUGGUAAAGGUUGA